CUUCAGAGCCUCUUCCUUCGUUCAAAUGUCUCAGAUGCCCCCAUCUAGCGGUGCUUCAGGCGCUGUUCCCGGCAGCGCUGUCCCCAGUGCGGGGCUUCCGCCACUUCCUGACUUCAACCCCACGCUUGGGGCCCUCCUCGUCGGGCUUAUCCUGUCGACAGCACUGUGGGGUGUCGGGUGUACUCAAGCAUAUUGGUUCUACGACACUUUCAAGAACGAACGACGGUACCUAAAGACCCUGGUUGCGAUUAGUUGGGUUCUCGACACCACUCAACAGGCCUUGAUUGGCCAUGUGAUAUACACGUUCACAAUCACCAACUACUUCAAUCCUCUCUUCUUGGAUCACUAUAUCUGGAGUUUGUGGACUCAGUCUCUUUUCGAGUGUCUCACUUCGUUCACGGUUCAAGCUUUCUUUGCGUAUCGAAUUUUUGUCUUGAGCGAAAAGAAUUAUUUCGUCGCAGUCCUCCCAUGCAUGCUGGUUCUUGCCAAACUUGCGAUAGGACUCGCGUACGUUAUCAUCAAUUCACGCGAAAGCAGCAUUACCAUGGCCAUCAUGCGUAAUUUUUGGACCUCGAAGGCGGUAAAUGCAAUAACCAUGACAAGCGACGUGUUCUUGGCGCUAUUCAUGGUGGUACUGCUUGCGAGGGCAAAGACGGGUAUCAAACGAUCCGAUAACCUGUUGAAUCGUCUAAUGCUUACGUCCUCUGAACAGGUCUACACCGUCAAUACGGGCUUGAUCACCAGUGUUUGCGCUACCAUCACUCUCAUUCUGGCAACUGUUUUCCCUGCCAACUACCUUUAUUCUGUCUUCUACUUCAUGACUGGAAAACUGUACUUCAACACCAUGCUGGCAUCCCUCAAUGCUCGAAGAAAUGUGCAGAAGGAAUCCAGUACAGUCGUGAUGAUGUCGGGUCUGACCCACUCCGCCACCGACAGUGAACUUCCACCGUUGGCUGCUCGCUCUGGUACUCAACUUGGAAGCUCUGGCACAACCAUCAACUCGAACCGGGGAAACAAUCUUUACGAUUACAAGGCAACUGCAGUGUGA